AUGGAAGCGGCGACGGUCGUGCUCUUGUCGCAGACGGACCACCAUCUAUUCGAGGUCGCGCACCCGCGCCUCGACGUCUUCGACUCGCCGCGCUGCACGCGCCUCGCCACGCAGGCGUGGAUGGGCCGGCGCCUCGUCGCGCUCGCCGCCGCCUCGAUCGAACCCCGCCUUCGCGAUCCGGAAAUUGCGGCCGUUCAUUCCGGCUCUCACGAGGCACAGCGACCGUUAGGGUCCGACGUGGCACGGGGCGCCAUUCCGAUCCGGCUGUGCGAGGACGCGUAUCCCGGGUGGAUAUCGGCUGCUGACGUGGCCGAAGGCGCCAUCCGUCGCCUGUCCAUUGGCUCGGAGAGUGCGAGGCGGGAGGCAGGCAGUGCGGGGGACGGCGGAACGGAAAGGCGGAACGGCGGAGGAGGAGGGUGUGAAGGCGGAGGCUCGGCGGGGAAGGGGGGCAUGGAGGGGGUGAGAGAGGCCGUGGCAGCAUUCGCGGAGGCAGCUAGGGCGGAGAGCAAUAGGUACCUGUGGGGCGGCACCACGGGGCCGCACUUCGACUGCAGUGGGCUGGCACCUGCCGCGGCCGCUCACCUCCUCAUCGUGCAUGCAUCACCUCCUCAUCGUGCAUGCAUCACCUCCUCAUCGUGCAUGCAUCACCUCCUCAUCGUGCAUGCAUCACCUCCUCAUCGUGCAUGCAUCACCUCCUCAUCGUGCAUGCAUCACCUCCUCAUCGUGCAUGCAUCACCUCCUCAUCGUGCAUGCAUCACCUCCUCAUCGUGCAUGCAUCACCUCCCCAUCGUGCAUGCAUCACCUCCUCAUCGUGCAUGCAUCACCUCCCCAUCGUGCAUGCAUCACCUCCUCAUCGUGCAUGCAUCACCUCCUCAUCGUGCAUGCAUCACCUCCCCAUCGUGCAUGCAUCACCUCCUCAUCGUGCAUGCAUCACCUCCCCAUCGUGCAUGCAUCACCUCCUCAUCGUGCAUGCAUCACCUCCUCAUCGUGCAUGCAUCACCUCCUCAUCGUGCAUGCAUCACCUCCCCAUCGUGCAUGCAUCACCUCCUCAUCGUGCAUGCAUCACCUCCCCAUCGUGCAUGCAUCACCUCCUCAUCGUGCAUGCAUCACCUCCCCAUCGUGCAUGCAUCACCUCCUCAUCGUGCAUGCAUCACCUCCUCAUCGUGCAUGCAUCACCUCCCCAUCGUGCAUGCAUCACCUCCUCAUCGUGCAUGCAUCACGGGCUGGCAGGUGUUCUUCGGCACGGCACGCGCCACACAUGUGGGCAUUGUCACUUGCGCCAAGCUAUGCAAGCCACGCCACCACACUCCACCACUCCCUACCGGAUCCAGCCGCUCCCACGUGUGCGACAGCAACCCCUCAGCAGCAUGGCACACAGUGCAGGUGGCCUUCCUGCACAGCUCCGGGCGCCAUGACGGGCACGAUGGCAUUGUCUCUGACUGCCUGCGCCUGCUGCUGCCCUGCCCUCCGCGUCGCACUCGGCUGACUUGUGGGAAGGCACUUGUGUUAAGAGAGCAUGCUGAUGGCUCGGGUGACGCGUGUGGGUGCUGCGGUGGUGUGGAUAAUGAGGGCGAGGGGGGAUCAGGAGAGGAGAGGCGUGUGGGAGCACAGCAGGAGUGGGUGAGUGCAGAGGGAGGCAGCAGGGCGUGUGGGGCAGGCGAGGCGGGGGAGGCGGGGGAGUGGAAGGUGGUGAAGCGGUGGCACGUGGGCAGCAGAGAGGUGGGCAGCAGAGAGGUGGGCAGCAGAGAGGUGGGCAGCAGGGAGGUGGGCAGCAGGGAGGUGGGCAGCAGGGAGGUGGGCAGCAGGGAGGUGGGCAGCAGGGAGGUGGGCAGCAGGGAGGUGGGCAGCAGGGAGGUGGGCAGCAGGGAGGUGGGCAGCAGGGAGGUGGGCAGCAGGGAGGUGGGGAGGAAGGAGGUGGGGAGGAAGGGAGACAGUGCCCAGGCCCCGGUGGAGGUCGAGAAGGGGCACAGGCAGGAGGGAGGGAUGGCGGUUGUGGGAAGGCACACAGCAGGCCGUGAGGAAACGGUUUUGGCAGAGGGAGGGAUGGGGGCAGCAGAGGUGGGGGAGGCGGUAGAGGUGCAAGCACAGGGCAGGGUGGCGGCGCACUAUGGCGCGCAGCUGAGAGGCUUUGGGCACGUGCUGCACGCCCUGCCACCAUCGCUUGCCCACAUCCCCCCCCACCUCGUGCUGCCCCUUCAGCUGUAG